AUGCAGAAGGAACUGACUCAGGCAAAAGCAGACCUGGACAUUCAGAGACAGCAGUGGGAGGAGGACGGUUCACGGCUCCUCACUGAGAGCUGCAACCUGAAGGCCUCCUUCAAGAAGACCCAAGAGGAGCUGGAGAAACAACAGAUGGACUGGCAGCAGGAGAAAGCCUCUCUUCUGGGGUCUGGGGGUGGGGUGGGGGUCUGUAUACUGCAGGGAGCGCGGUUGAAUCACGACGCGCGCCUCCGUCGGAUCUCCUCUUCCUGCCGUCACACCCACUGCUCGGUGCUCGGUGUGGUGGGUUCACCCCGUAGAGGAGGGGAGGACCCACAGCAGCAGAGAGUGCUGCAGUGCGAGCGCAGCGGGAGACUUCGAAGCGGAGAGAAAAACACACUCAUAGACACACACAGACACACGUCUUCAUUGUGGAAACUUGUCUAUGGACAGAUCUGCAGCGACGCCGUAGCGACGCAGGCCGACAUGGACGAGUAUCUGCGGAGGGUCCAGAGGAGAGUCGGGGCAGACACAUUGGAGGACCCCAUCCAUGCUGUUUUAGGUGGACCAGACCCAGAUGUAGACACUGUGGCGGCCACACUCUGCUUAGCACUUCACCUCAGCCAGAUAGAACAGUCAGGUGGAGUCUUUGUGCCGGUGCUGUGUGGCCAAAAACAUGACGGUGCAUUACCCGGAGAGACGGUGAGGUUUCUGCAUAGGGUAAAGAUCAGCGAGAGCUCACUGCUGUGGAGGGACGAUGUGGACCUCAUGAAGCUUCAUCACAGAGGAAAACUGUCACUGACGCUGCUCAGAGAAGGACUACUCGAUGGCUCUGAGUUCGGCGCUCUGGAGUCCAGCGUCCUGCGUGUGGUCCAUCACGACGGGCAGCGGGACGCACAGGAUGAUGGGGCAUCGUCCGCCGUGACAACAGUCGCCAGGGAGAUUCUUCAAGAGGCAGCAGAGCACGUCGGAGCAGCGCUGGGGGAGACACUCAGAGAGGCUUUGUGGCUGCAAAGUGAAGCUGUCUGCAUCAAACAUGGAUGUCGAUCACCACAGCUGGAGGAGCUCAUGAGAUCUGUGGAGCUUCGCAGCGAUAUAGCAGCAGGUCACAAGACUCAAGACUUGGAGCAGCAGCUGACUCUGGAGCUGAAGGAGUUUUCUGACGGAGAGAUGACCAUCGCACUGGCUUCAGUCACCACGGACAAGGAGGACUGGCACGAUUACGUGGAGGUGCUGAAAACAUUUAGUCAUCGUCAUGGAUACGAUGGUCUGGUGGUUCUUCUGUCAGUCCAUGAUACACUCCAUCAUCCUCGCCAACAGAUGGCGGUCUACUCAAGCAACUCAGAUAUCCUCAACCAGAUCUGUUGUGAAUUGGAAGAGUGCUCCAGCUGGUCGCUUUCUGGGGAACUGGAGGCCAAGGAGAGCCUCCAGUUAUACCACAUUCCUAUAAACACCACGGCCUCUUCUGGUACUCCUCCUCUGCUGGUUGAAGAAAUACAGGGCCUCCUCAAAGACUUUGUCGACAGGCGAAGCUCAGUUUUAGCCUGCCAUCCCAGCAGCAGGACCUCUUCCACGGAGGGAGUGGCAGGCAGCGUGGAGUUCUCCCAGGGAUCAUCGGGGAUCAAUGACAUGGACGGUUCCGACACUGAGAGAGCUGAGGAAGGCAGUGGAGAUGCAGUGCCAGUAGCAAGGGUGAUCGCAGAGGGGGAAGAAGAGACUGGAGCUGCAGGAGGCAGUGCUGUUGGAGAACUCGUGAGCCCUGACAGCGGUAUGACCACUAUCCGAAGCAGCCGUUCCUCCAAAGAGAGCUCAGUUUUCCUCAGUGAUGACAGCCCCAUUGGUGAGGUAACGGCAGCAGCAGGGCCAGGAGGACUCUUCAUGAGAAACCCAUCCCCUCUGGGUUUGUUGUCCCUCUCCCCUCCUGUUCCACCUGAGAGGAGGAAGAACCGCUCUAGCAGAAAUAAGAGUGACAACUGUGACCUGUUCAGUUUCGACCCAAUGAAUAACAGUGACAAUCCUAUGGCAGCAGGAGGGGAGUUGCCAAAUUCUGGAGCUAAAGGGGAUGAAACAGAAAGAAGAGCAGGGAGCGACAGCUUGUCAGAGCUUGAUGAGCUAAGCUUGCUGGAUUUUUCUGCUCCUAAUUCAUUUGGCCGUCUUGAAAGUAGAAAUUCUUCAAUUGACCAACAUGGUCAAAUAUGCGGGAUUGACACUGUGGUUCCUCCGACCCCAGUCAACAGCGUUGUAGGUAGCCGCCCACCCAGCAGCUGUGGAGUCAGGUUUUUUCCAGAAGAUGUAGUUGAGAGGAUCAAUGGCCUGCAGCAGAAAGAUAGUGUGUCAUCAUCAUUGUCAGAGACCUGGGAUGAACUUAGCUUUGACACACAUGGAGCAUUGUCAUCCAGUGAUAGUAAUGCCUGGAAUAGAGCAAAGGAGCGUGAGAGCCCAGAGAAUAUUCUAGAGGAUACAACUGAACGAGAAAGCAAAGAGGAGAUCUCUCUGUCUGAGAAUGCCAAUCAAAAAGGAAGGAGCCUUGAACCCCAGCUUAGUCUGAUCACUGAGCAGACUGAAUCAUACGACAGCUGGAAUCCAGAGUCUGUACUUAAGGAUCAAUGGAAUCCUGUCACUUUGGCUUAUCUGCAAUUGACUCCACCAGAGGAGGAGGCAUCUGGAAAAUGCAGAGUUGGUACCUCUGCUGUAAGGGAACAGACAUCCUCAUUGGCAAGAAAAAAAGCAAUUUUAAACACUCUAACACCAGACACAUCUAAAGAAGAGGACGAGGGGGUACAAGGGAACAAAGGAGACCGGAAAAUGGAACUUCUUGACUUCUGGACAUACUCCGCUCAGAAGGGACUUCUUAAAUCAGAUAGUGGAACCACUGCAUCUUACCCUGAAUCCCUUGAUAUGUGGAAUAUGACAAUUCGGGACGACAGUCUUUCACCUCUCACAACCCCAGACAACUUGUCUGAAAACUCUGGGUCUUUUGGUGGGUUGAACCCCAAUCUUGGAGCUGGUGCAUCAGUAGAAAGUCCAGUUGGUUACUCUGAUGGGGGGAUGGCAAUGUGGAACACCACCAUAAGGGAGGAUAGCUCUUCCACAAUAACAAGCCCAGAAGGACCUGAUAAUGGAAAGGAUCUUAGCCACACAGGAUCACUGGACUCUCCUGAGACGCAUCUAAGUAAAAAAGUAGACGAAGAUAAAGCAAAAGAUGAGGGGAGAGGUACCAGUGAAGAAGUGAAAACUCCUGAAGAUGUUGGCCCUAGAGUAAAUGAACACAAUGUGAAAAUUAUCAUUGAGGUGGCAGAAGAUGGUUCACAGGAAGAAGAAAUGCUUGAUAGAGACACUGGGACUACACAGGAGUUGCUAUCUAAACAUUCAGAAGAUGGGACCUCCUCAUACCAAGGAGCAGAUGUUUGGGACUUACCUGUUCCCAGCAUGACAACUUCAACGUCUGAGUAUGACAAUGUGGGAGCUGGCACUUGGAGCCUUUCAUCCUCCCCUGAGACCUGUGCAAGUCUCGAGGCAGACAUGAUACAGCUAGAAGGACAGUCCAGCCCUUUUGUAGCAGUGCCACAGUUUGUUCAGAAGGAUGAGAGGCAAUACCAGAAGUGUGAUCCUCUUGGAAUGACUGAGGGCAGGGCAGUAAUAUCAGCCAAAGAGGAGACAUCCAGUCAGGUGUUCCUAUUUGAGGGAACUAGUAAGUUGGAUCAAACGAUUAAGGAUGGGGAAGGUUGUGAUCCAAAUAGGUAUGAGAGAUUAGAGAAAGCUGAUUGGAAAGAGCAACCCGGUGAUCACUCCCCGUUUCUUCUGGUGGACUGCUCAACAGUAACUCAGGCAGCUUCAGUCAAAGCUGAUGAGACUCAAAUCCAACCUGAACAAUCACAUUCCCCAAGCCUUCUUGAUUGGGGAAAUCUUAUUGCCAAGAAACAUGAAGCCUCGGAGUCAUAUAAACUGCCUUUUUCUGAAAGCCAAGUUGGUCCUUACAAUGAGAUCACGGGUACUAGUGAAGGUAAACCAAUGGAAUCCAUGUCUCUGAGUUCCAGCUCUGGAGGGGAGAAAGACACACUGAAAUUUAGCCCUGACAACCUUCACCCAGGUAGUAGUGACGAACUCAGGUCCAAUUCCGAUGGGGAUUCAUCGUCAUGCCUGGAAAUGGACUACAUCAUUGUGUCUGGUACUGUUAAAGAAGCUGAGAGGGAGUGGGAUGAUAGGCCCAGGCAGACUGCCAGGCAUUCAAAAGGAACACGAAAGACCAUGGAGACAUUUAGCAUGCUUUCUUAUGCUGCAACAGUACUGAAAAGCCAAGUGCAAGCUUCACAUAUAGAGAAUCAGGAGAACAGGGACCAAAGUAGCCAAAAACAAAGCAUUGAAAGUGAGCUCAGUGCAUAUACAGAGACGGAUAAACCUGCCUUAUCCACUCAUUACCAAGAAAGUCUUAAGAAUGACUCUGAGCAACAAGAAAUGAUUGGCCAAAGCCAUUCAAAAAGUAACACUGAAAUUUAUCAGUCAACAGGAUACAGUCAAACACAAGUAGACCAAGGAAACUAUGAUGAUAAGUCAAGCAUUGUGACUAGAAGUGUGUCUCCAUCAUUAAGAUAUCCAUCAGACCAUUUCCUUAAAACCAGAGAGGAAGUUUAUGUCCAUUCGCAGAUCUCAAUGGAAGAUUCGGAUGAGGGUGGGCAGUCACCCUCUGCACCGCCAACAUGUCCGACUUCUUUGGGCGACUUUCAAUCCUGGAGGGGUCAGAUAGGGAGGCAGGACACACCUCAAACCUCAUCUGAACCACAAUCCCCUCCACUGACCAACAGCUCUGUGUCCCACACCAGCUCUUUUGCUGGUACCCCACUGAGCGAAUCAGGUGUUACAAAUGAAAGAGGGCUUGGUUUGCCAUUUUCUGGAGAUUUAAUGGAAGAGGAGAAUGAUGAGGAAGAGCAGGAAGAGGAAACUGAAGGACAACAGGCAGGAUCGUCUGACCUGCUAAGCUUCACUGAGGAGCUGAUUGGAGGUUCUUCAUUUCGAAAUGACAGUUUUCAAACAUUUGAAGCGAAUAAGAUGGAUUACCACAAUCAACAACCUUUAAGAACUGUUGACAAAAGACAGAUUGGAGACCUUGAAGCCUCUCAAGAUAGCUACUUAACUGAUUUAAGAAGACACCAAGGUGGGACAUCACAACCUUCCUCUGAGCCAACCAAUGAGAAUGCUGCAUACCAGUGGACAGGAAGUCAGAAUGUAACUCAGGGUCAAACCCAACACGGCUACAACUACCACCACAUUGACCAAAGAACUGAACACCAGAGUGCCCUCUCAGCCUGCGCAGUUACCAAAUCUGACAGCCAACAAAAUGCCACGGAUGUCUACGCUGAGUUUACAACUGAUGCAGCGUCUACACACUACGGAUCUACGCAGGCUGAGGGUUAUUAUGAACCUGGAGUUAAUGCUGAGUACAGCUCCGAUGAUCCAGGAAACAAAUACACAUCUGAAAACCAGUACGGAGACUGCCCAAGCUCCAUGUAUGCUUCUGAAAUCCAGUGCUCCCAGUAUCAAGCUGACGGACAGGGUCAGUACGAGUCAGACCACGCCCAUUACCAGUUUGACGGGCAGCCAGUCGACCAAUCAGAUGCCCGACCAAAGAGAGAGGAUCAUGCUCGCUAUAUGCCAGAGGGAUACGUUCACUUUCUCCUCUCAAGACACCCCCAACAGAGGGAUGAUGCAGCAGGGAUGAUGAUGAAGACGGCCUCCAGUGAGGAAGCAGCUGAGGAGAUGGAUAACAGAGAAGAUCCGUCCUCGUCUGCAGACCUGUCAGGUGGGUCCAAUCAGAGGAGAAAGUUGGCAGCUCCACCUAUGGAUGUGUCCCUUGACCGCAGCGAGGGGUCUCUGCUUUCAGAAGAUGCUCUGGACACGGAGGAUGAGGCACUGGACACCGGAGAUGACCUGGAUGUCAACAUAGACGAGCUGGACACAUCUGAUGAGGCCGAGGAUUUCCCCCAACAUGAAAAUUCAGAGGAGACUAAUCUGGGCGCAGCAGCAGCAGCAUCGAGUGAAGCCGUGGCUCACAGAGCAGCUGAGGAGAACAGGGAGAACCGACUGUGGAGAAGCGUGGUGAUUGGAGAGCAGGAGCAUCGCAUCGAUAUGAAGUGCAUUGAGCCGUACAAAAGAGUAAUUUCCCAUGGAGGUUAUUAUGCCCAACAGAACGCCAUCAUAGUGUUUGCAGCAUGCUUCUUACCAGACAGCAACUGUGACAAUUACAACUAUGUCAUGGAAAACCUUUUUCUGUAUGUAAUAAGUACCCUGGAGCUCAUGGUAGCAGAAGACUACAUGAUCGUUUACCUGAACGGUGCCACACCACGCAGGAGGAUGCCUGGCUUUACCUGGAUGAAGAAAUGCUACCAAAUGAUCGACAGAAGACUGAAGAAAAAUCUGAAAAUGUUCAUCAUCGUCCAUCCUUCCUGGUUUAUACGGACUCUGCUGGGAAUCACAAGACCCUUCAUAAGCUCAAAAUUCAGCAGUAAAAUCAAGUAUGUGAAUAGCCUGCAGGAGCUCGGAGAAAUCAUACCCAUGGAGUACGUUCACAUUCCACCCAGUAUUGUCAAACUGGAUACAGAAUUGCAAGACACAGCAGCGAAAGCCGACCGGAGAGGAAACUCUGCUGUGUGACGAUUAUGAGACACCUGGCUGCUGCCUUUCUCCCCCCUGCAUUAUGCUGCUUUCUACAGUAGCAUAUCUGAAUAUCAGUCAGCCUCCAGCAUGAUGUUUAUGGCACAUUGUUGAUACCCCAACAAGUAGCAUCAUGGGUAAGGAAGGAAGAUGCUGUGGUGUGAAACAGCAGAGAGUCACUUAUAACAGAGAAAAGUACGGACCUGAUGGAGCAGAGCAGAGACGGUCACUGUGCUGAAGAGAAGAUGCUUUAUCCUGUACUACUGUAACCUUACACACAACUGGAGUUUGUUUCUAAUUCUGGAGCUUUUGUUUUCUUUGACGACAUGGGAGGAAUUACUAACUGGCUUUGCUAAAUCCAUGUAAUAAUCCAUCCUGUUGCUCUGUAGCCAUCACCACAAUGGGUGUGGAUUAUCUGCAGCCAUAGCAAGGCUCAUUACUCUGAUCCUAUAACCAAAUACGUGUAAAAUGAUGUUCAGUUACACCUGAUGUGCUCACAAAUAAACAUUUAUGUUCCCUGUAGCUCUGUGGAAGUCUUAAAUGUUGAAGGUAUUCUAUCAGGGCUAAUUUUACAUAGCCAAGGUUUCCAAGAAAAAAAACCUCCCACACAAAAGUCAAAGCAAUGUACGAGCCUGUUCGGUUGAAAAGCAUGACUCUGAAAGGCUAAGCUGGUUUUUGACCGGCUGGUUCGUCACAGUGGGGAUUGCCGUACAUUCUUGAAGUUCCAUGACGUUUACCCCAUUGUCUCCUUCAGACAUUAGGAGACUGUCAGCCGCCUCUUUUGUUAACACUGUGUGUCACUGUGAAAAAAAUGCAACAUCAGACCAUGAGAGUAGCAAAACAGCAGUUAUGAGUAGCUGCAGUAAUGUGUUGCAUGCAUUUAAUAGGUACAGUUUGCUGAGAACUGCAAAAAAGCAGAAUUGUUAUUCUUUCUUUGUUUUAACUGAUUUCUUUUUGUGUGUUUGAGAGAGAGAGAGAGAUAAUAGUGGAGGGAUGAAGAAGCUCUUUUGUACAGUUGACUGGAGGUCAGACAGGCACAGCAGAGAUGGCGCCUGC